GUAAGGCUGGUUAUUGAACACAACAAGUUCAGCGCGGCAAUAGUCCCCAAACCCUACCUGUUCAAAGGCCUGCAAACGCGCUCCGAGACCCUAAUUACGCAUUUUCAAACCUCACUUGUAAAGUAUCAUACGCAUACUGUCCACUAUGCAAUCUCUCCUGAACGGCCGGGUCGGCAUGCGCACGUCAACGGCGUCGCGGCGCUGCUCAGCAGCGCUGCGCCGGCCCGUUGACCGGAGCUAUGCUGUGCGCACAGCGGCGCUGUACCACAACCCAGGGCCCCGCGACAGCGGGAAAGCCAAGGCCGCGGGCGCGGCCGUCGAGACCAUACUCAAGCUCGUUGCCGCAGGCGACCGGGAGGCCCUGUGUGACUACUUUGCGACCUCCAACCUCACGGAUGCGCCAACACUGAAGCUGGCAAGUGGAUGCGAAGUCGUCGUGUUUGAAGACGUGAUGGAAUCGAUGAUGCUCCGAGAGCCCUCGCGCCACUUUCUGGAUUCCUACGCUAUCCGGCACUUGAUCCUCAACGCACCGGCAUCCAAGCAGACGCUUUCGGGGCUGAUGCUGGGGCCCAACAAGUACGUGCAGCGCAUGUCUGUCACCGCCCCCAGCGGCGAGGGCUGCAUCCUCACCUUCACCAUGACCGCCGCGCAACCGCCACAGGCGGCGCAGCCGGAGCUCGGCACCGCCGCGGGCGCAGUGGCGGCAGCCUCUGUCCCUGCUGACCAGGCCGCCACGACCCCGGCGCCUCCGCUGGAGCCCGUGUGGCGGCUCAGCAGCGUGCGCGGCGAGCCGCAGUUCGGGGUUGGCGGCACGCAGCCAGUGGGGCCCAGCCCGGAGCUAUCGCCUGAGCAGAUUGUGGAGGCGCAGCUGGCGGCACUGCAGCGCAAGGACGUGCCGGCGGCCUUCCAGUUCCUCAGCCCGGGGAGCCAAAAGAUCAUCGGUGAUGAGCGGCAGUUUGCUGAGAACAUGAGCCGGCACCGGAGAUACGGUGGCCUGCUGGGCCACAUCGCGGCCACCAGCGUGCGGCGCUGCAUGGCUCGGCCCUCCACCUACAUGGAGAUCGUCAGCGUCACAUCUGCCAGCGGGAUCCGUUUUGUGUUCUGCUACAUUCUGGGCCACGAGAACGGCAUGUGGUCCAUCGACUUUGUCAAGGUCAUUGACGAUCCACGUCUGGUGGCGGCGGUGGACAGCAGCUGCGCGGCGCAGCGCAAGGCACGGCCGGCGGACGAGCAAUGAGGUGUGACGUCGCGCACGGAAUGCGUGGCAUGUGCUGGAGCAGUGGGUGACCUGGAGCAGUUGUGAAGGACCUGGACGGUCCACAAGUAUUGAUGGGCGCCAUGGUACAUUAUGUGAAGCGUGGGUGUCCCGGAAGUGUAUUGCCGCAGCUAGCGUGUCAGUUGGUGGGCGGCCUGUGCCUACAAAGGAAGGACAAGUUGUGCCCGGGCAAUAUUGUGGGGGCGGGCACGAUAGGUACGUGUGUGAGGAGCCUGGGCCUGUACACUAUGAUGGGAGCCCUGUCGCGACUGUACCAUUAUCGCGUGUGCUUAUCAUAAGACUAAUCACAUUUGUUGCGCAGUUGAUUUAUAGCAUAACGACAAGUAGCGGCACAUAAAGUAAUUUGUACAGCAUCGCCACCUUUGUCGCAUUGAUUUGGCAUAGCAUCGCGGCACCAGCAUCAUGCGUGAAGACGAGUGCAUGGGGACCGGCAGCGGUGCGCGGUGCAGGCACGAUUGUCAUUAUGCCGCUAUACCUGUCUGCACAUAAUCUUAUAUGGCGCAAAAUUGCGCCUCCUCCUCCAUGCCUUCCUUCCCUGGGGUUAGGCACACCACAAUGUACACAAGUUGGAAGGUAGCUAAGCAAGCAGAUGCGGUAGCCGUGUGCGGAUGGGGAGCUGCUGUUCUGGAUGCUUGGAAACGCGCUCAGAGGGCGAAGUGGUAUGCGCAGUGGUGCAGCGAGGCGGGGGAGGGCGCAGGCGUACAGUCAUGGCAGGCGGGCAACAAUAUUGGAGUCACAGUAUUGGAGCUGCACGGACAUGCUACUGGUAUCUGACUGUAAACAGGAGAGCUC